UCGAGAAUCGAGACACAUGAAUUUAUCAACUUCUUCCAUCCAUUGUAUUUAGUCAGCUUCCAGCCACAUUUUAAACUUGACACACUUAAGUUCAUAAUUAAUCGAUAUUUUAUUAAAUAUGGAGUAUUGGAAGAAUGAAGUCGAAGAAAUGGCAGUUAAACGAGACAUGAAGUAUCACUCAUUGUCAAGUAGGAUGGAUCGAAUGUUGAAGUCGGGCUUAUAUUCAGACGUGGCAAUUAUAGUCGGGAAGGACAAAACCUGCUUUAACGUUCAUAAAGUCGUGCUGGGCAGUUGCUCACCCGUUUUGCAGGCAAUGGUGGAAAAACGAUGGAAUGAUGAUCAAGAAACUGCAUCCGGGGGCAAAACGACGCUCACCUUUCCAGAUCAUAGGGCAGAGGAGUUUCAGUUAUUUUUAAAAUUUCUGUACACGGACGAGUUGGGUGAAACGUUUCUCUCUGAAAAUUUGGAGAUUUUGAAGCUUGCUCACAUUUAUGAUAUCCCACCACUUUUGGAGAAAGUUUCAUCUCGACUUUCUAAAUUUGUUGAGAAAUGCGACGCAAAAGAUUCCGAUUUCUGCCUUCAAAUUUACACGACUUCAAGAUUCAUUGAUGAAUGUUUGAGUGAUAAAGCGCUUCAGUUUUUCCUGAGGAAUAUAAGGUCAGCAGCUGAGAACGAUCAAUAUUUAGAAUGGGACGCGGAAACUGUGAGGACUGUAUUGACCCAACAAGUGCUAAACAUAAGGGAGGUGGACCUAUUCAAAGCCCUGCUAAAAUGGGGAAAUCAACCCCAAGAUCCCACAAACUUGAAGUCAUUCCCGAAAUCUGAAGCUAUGCCCGAAUUGCUGAAACUUAUCCGAUUCGGGGCCAUGGAAAUGUCACAAUUUGCAGAUGAAGUUGUGCCCACUGGAGUUCUAUCAAAGGACGAAAUUGUCAAAAUAUUUAAGCAUUUCUCGAGUCAAAAGUGGUUUAAUCAGUUGCUUCUUAUUAUGCAAACAUUCAUAAAUUAUUUAAAUGACAAUUUUUCCAUAUCUUUUUGUAGCACACAUUUCUCAGACAGUGAUUCAAUACCUCGCCACAAAGGUGAACGAAUCAAUCGCUUCGCUUUACAAACUGCAAACCGUGCCAUGGACUGUCCCAUUAAAGGACACUCCACGUCAAAAGACGUAGUCAAAACCAUACCCCCAGAUAUUAGAUUAGUCGUCAAAACACCAGUUUACUUACGAGGCAUCGACAUUUUCUGUAACGGUCUGAACGAAAUCUUGCCCAUCCAUGGGAAUUAUGACGGAUCGAUCAUUUUUAAAGUCCUCAUAAAGGAUACUGAUGGAAGAAUAGUUAAAAAAGCUGUGGCACGGAUGUUGGGAUGUACAAACGCAGAGGAGGAAAUCCAAUUUAAAGUACCGUUACUACUUCAGCCUGCCACCUGCUAUGACUUUUAUGUGACAUGCACAAAAAAUAAGGGAGGCAUUGGAAGAUUGCUUUUCCCAGGUGAAAGUGUUCGAGUUUACUAUCGGAGGGAGGUUAAUCCUCCAAGAACAAGGAGAGAGAAAGUCACCAUUUAUCCAUACGUGAAAGGAACGAUCACUUAUUACGGGUGCGACGCAGAUAAUUCGUUGACCAUCGGGAAAGAAUUCAUGUCUUGUUGGAUUCGUAAUUUGAUUUUUGAAAAGGUACCCGACGAGUUGAAACCUUGUAUAAUUACAUAAAUUGUAAUACGAUAAGGGUGUCAUUGUUUUUGUACUUACUGAAAAAAUAAUUGUGCUGCUAAUGACUCAAAUGCAUAUAUACAUGCAUAUGUAAAUACGUAGGUUAAGUUGAUUCAUCCAUAUUUUCACUACAGAAUAUGCUUGCAGAUAAGUAAGUCUAUAUAAUCCGGUUAUAAAGUUUUUUUAAAAUUUAACAUUAGUUAAUGUAAUGCUCAUAAUUAUGCAGCACAUGUGUAAACUUAAUUACGCAAUAAUAUCUAAAUAUGUAUUUACAACCAUGAUGAGAUUAGCUAGAUAUACACGAGUAUGAAUCACUUGUAUUGAGACUAAUUGUAAUAUACAAGUAAAAUUAAAACAAAGAUG